UCCCUCUUUACUUGCUUUACGCUAAGGAUGCCGGCUCCCAGAGCCUACCACCAGCGAAGCAUGCCUAUGAUUUAAUCCACCUAAUUCCCUUUCAGUACUCGAUUGAAGGGGGGCAGGAGAAGAGGCGGAUAGAGGAGAUCGAUGGAGCACAACGGGAGUGGCGACGCCUGCCCGGCCCAGGCGUUCCGCUACAAUGAGACGCUAUGCGCGUGCAACCCUGGGCGGUACCUGGUCAACGGCAGCUGUGCUAUGUUCGACACGGGCGGGGAGUGGGUUGUGAGCUCUGGAGUUUCGCCGUCCACCAGCUUCCUCACGACGGCGCUACCCGUCGAUUCCAUUACACGCUUCACCCAAUCACAGGCUGUUCUGUUGGAGGCCACCCUCGUCCUCCUUCUCAUAUGGCUCGUCUUCUGCUUCGCCCUGCGCUUCGCCAGGUUCGAUGGCCGGUCCUUCUGGUCCCUUCUCCGCUGGUGGAUCAGCCGCUUUGACAUGUUCUACGCCACCAACCACUGGCUGGAUGACAACAAGGUGGUUAUUAAGAGGAAAACAGAGCUGGGUGGGACAUUUUCUAUAGCAAGCUGGAUAUUGUUCCUUGGUCUUUUAUCUGCGUUGCUGUAUCAGAUAAUUACGAAAAGGAACAUUGAAGUGCAUAGAAUCAGACCUGCAAAUGCUCCGGAUUUGCUUUCUUUUGUUAAUGACUUGGAAUUUAACAUAACAACAAUUUCUAGCAUGAGCUGUUCCAAUUUCCGUGGCCCUGAUUCCCUGUUGGUUGGAACUCCUGGCUUCAUUGACUACAGAGUUUUACCUUUGUCUGUCCAUCAUAUUCAAUAUAAUUGCCAAAAUACUAGUAGUGGUCCUUCUCUGUCUAUUAAGUGUAACAACUGCCCCAUUCCUCGAAGAGAUUACUAUAUUUCAUGGCAGUUCAUUGACCUCCCAAAUCAUCCUGCCACUGCUGUUGGUUUCCAGUUCAACCUAUCAGCAAAAGAUCAUUCUAAUAAUAGGCAUGUUAGCUUUGUCAGUGGAGCAAUGACGUCGGACAAUUAUACAAUUGAUGAACCCAAAACAUUCAGAGGAUCAGAAGUGAACAUAUUGAAGAUUCAUUUGUUUCCUAUGGCAUAUAACAAAUUGAACAAUUUAAAACUCAUUCAGCCUGUAUUUCACGACUUCAUCUCUGGAUCAUCUUUUUCUGUGGCCUCGGAUCUCCAAGCAUCUCUUGGAACUUCGAAGGAUGGUUUAGUCAAUACCACACUUUAUAUCAGUUCUCUCUCUGAUUACAUUGUGGAGAUUAGCAAUGAAAAUAUGAUAGGCAUUGUGGGAUUCUUUGCGGAUGUUGGAGGCCUUUAUAUUUUUAGUCUCAUAGUUUUCCUUUGUUUGUUAAUACAGUGUGAGGCUCGAAUAAAAAAACUUCACUACGAGGAUGUGGCCAUGAGAGAUAUUCUUAGACAAAGACGUGCACAGAAGAACUGGGACAAGCUGAGGAAGUUUGUUAUGUACACAUGGAGUUCUAACAACAUUGUCAUGGAUAGCAACAAGUCUGAGAGACACGACAGUUUGACGUCUAAUUCUUCCCGUGGGAUACAAGCAUUACAUAUGAAAAAGCAACCAAGUAGAAAUUUCACAUGCUCUGAGACCUAAUCAAACUGUUCCUCCUUGAGAACAUAAACAUACGUGACAAGUUUUCAAAACAUAUUAAAUAUAUGUAAGUCUGAACAUGGUCUUCAUUCACAGCUGAACCCAAUGUUUAAGAACGGAUUUACCUUAGAAAAGCCAUCGUGCAAUUUGAUUGUAAAUGACCUACUAAUCUUUGGUUGUGCUGCAUUGUCGGAGAUACGGUUUUGGGAAAUUGAAAUGCUGUGUAGUAUGUUUCAUGACUGGGAGACGCUUGAUCUUGUAUAAUUUCAUCAGGAUGGUGAAUGGUCUGUAACGAUUAGUUGUAGUAUAGCAAUGUUGUUUAUUAUAUAAUGCUCUUUCAUUGGACCAAAUGUGGGUAUCCUACGGCAGCCAGAAGUUGCUAUGGGUGUUGGUAUCACCUGUUUGCAGCAGAGCAUAGGAGGCAAGUUAGAGAUGAGAUGGGCCUGUAUCAUUCAAUUGAUUCUUUUUUUAUGUAAUAUAAUGUGUAAUGUAAUACUGAUUACUCCUGUAUGUGAACUAAUAAUGUUCAGUUUUAAAUA